CAGAGGAGGCAGACGAGGGAGAGCCAGUGCCAGAUUGACUGGAAGAGGGACGGGGGACUGCAGAGUGACGGAACUGUCCUCUUCCUCAUCAUCAGACUGAUGGAAAGAAGAGCGUUUCGGCUGCCAGAUAAAUGGUUUCCAUCAGUGCUAAGACAGUGGCAGACGCUGUGGUGGUGAAGGCUCUUCAACUAGAUGUUGCCAUUUGUCAUCAUUCAACAACAGCUGCAAGUGUCUCGCUGAGAGACAACGUACCUUCAAGUGGAAACAGAUUGAUUUGACCGGUUGGAUUGCCACGUUUCAAUCAGAACCAGGGGAGUGAGGAGUGCACGCUGCGAACAGGGGGCUAUUUAGAAAUGGCUGGGGACUAAAGUGAUGCCUGGUGGAACAGUAGGUCUCUGGGCCAAUCAAAGUCAAACCAAUUUCAAGUACUUUUUUUUUUCUUGAAAAUUACCAAGAAGGUCUACAAGGAGCACUGAACAGGAGUCUUUUCACCCUGUCAAAGCAACAGAUGAUUUAAGAGAGGGUCAUGGAAUUCAAUGGGAGCACAGACUAUGGGUCAUAUCCCACUGGGUUUCCCUACAACUCCAGCAUGGACUAUGACUAUUAUCAGGAGGCGGACGCCAGUAAAAUCAUCAUCCCCUCUAUCUACGCUCUGGUCUGCUGUGUCGGCCUGACCGGCAAUGCCAUGGUGAUCUAUGUCAUUCUCAAGUACGCCAAAAUGAAAACAGCCACAAACAUCUACAUCCUCAACUUAGCCAUCGCCGACGAACUCUUCAUGCUGAGCGUUCCCUUCCUGGCCACGUCAGCCGCCGUCCGACAUUGGCCCUUUGGUUCUCUUAUGUGUCGCCUGGUGCUCAGCGUUGAUGGCAUCAAUAUGUUCACCUCCAUCUUCUGUCUGACUGUGUUGAGUGUGGACCGCUACAUCGCCGUGGUCCAUCCCAUCAAAGCCGCACGCUACCGCAGACCCACUGUGGCCAAAGUGGUCAACGUGUGUGUCUGGGGGUUCUCCCUCAUCGUCAUCCUCCCCAUCAUCAUCUUUGCUGACACAGUUCCUGCACAGGACGGAGGUGUGGACUGUAACUUCCUCUGGCCUGAAGCAGCCUGGUCAGAAGCUUUUGUGGUCUACACUUUUCUUUUGGGAUUCCUGCUGCCGGUGGGCGCUAUUUGCUUGUGCUACUGCCUGAUGGUGGCUCGGAUGCGGGCGGUGGGGUUGAAAGCUGGGUGGCUUCAGCGUCGACGGUCAGAGAAAAAGAUCACACGGAUGGUUCUACUGGUUGUGGCUGUGUUCGUCCUCUGCUGGAUGCCUUUCUACAUCGUCCAGCUGGUCAGUGUUUUCCACCACCCGCCAGACCCCAUGGUCACCCAGCUCUUUGUCAUCCUGAGCUAUGCCAACAGUGGGGCCAAUCCCAUCCUCUAUGGUUUUGUUUCGGACAAUUUCCGACGGUCUUUCCAGCGCAUUGUUUGUUUCCGUUGGCUGGAAUCUGGACUGGAUGCGGAGCAGGUGGAUUACUGCGCUGUGGCCGUGAGGCGACAAGCAACAUGCAGUCCAAUGGAAUUCCCUAAAGAAUGCAUGGGAUCUGACAUGGUGUUUCGCAAUGGAACGUAUACCUCACGUACAACAACUGUCUAAUAGUCAUACCACUGGGAUUCAAAUGAUUCUCACCAUUACUGUAUAUUUUUCUUGCUAUGAUGCGUUUGCUCUUACGGGGCUUUCACACUUCAGAGACUGUCUAGCAUCAUAGUUCGGACCGACUGGAGAGGUGGGUUUUGAAUCCCCCACAAUAAAGAGGUUCAUCAACGGCGUUUGGCCGAAAAUGGUUUCCAGCAAAAUGUGACUUCUGAGAUGCCGGCUUCUUUCUCGUAAAAUGAGUUGCACUAAACUUAAGUUUUGGCUUGGUGCUGCCAGCUGGCCAGAGUGGGAACUGAAAAUGUGACAGCUCUGAAGGCAGAGGUGUGACGUGACACAGCGGAUGGGGAGUCAGACUUUGACACACUGGGCCAAUGUUGCAGCCCCCUGACAAAGUCAAACUGUGUCUGUAGACGCUGUUUCCCAACAAAACUCAAGCUUUUGCCUGUAAAUAACUGAACAUAUCAAGUCAGAUAACAUACCUCAGAAGUGUCUGAAAUGCAUUCCAAUCACCUAGCACUUUUUUGUUCUCAAUUUCCAAAGGUUAUCUUGAGUCCAUCAAUUAAGGGAAAGACUUGAAACAGAGACUUGGAGAGAAAAAUGGAUAAAUCCCUCAAAACUUGAUGUUUGGGACUAGAGAUUUCCAUGUGAAGUGACUCUGAAGAUUUUAAUGACUUGAAAUGACUUGAGACUUGAAUCUUAGUCUGAAGAAGACUGCAAUGUAGAACACAGACUUUCUCAAGACCUAAGGAAGUACUUGGGAGGUAAGACUUGUGACUGGCAAGAUACUGAAAGACAAUGCUUGAAAUGUACUUUGGUGAAAGCUUAAGAGCUGAGAUUAGUUUCCGAAUUGAUGGCUACGAAAAUUGGAAACUGACUGGGACUUCUAGUACUAAUCGAGUGACACGAAUGAGAGUUUUUGGACUUCGAGCCAAAAGACCUCUCUUGUGCUCAUUUAAGAACAUGCAACAAUAUUUAGCCAAAUAUUUAAAAGGCAGCAGUAGCCUUUCCUAACUCACUUUUACUUUCUUGCAGACCUAAUGUUCCCCCAGACGCUCUGCAAGACAUGUUGGAGAGAAGAAUGGAUUCAAGUGUAACGUUCUACUCCAUUUCCUAGAGAAUCUUUUCUGCUCGUACAAAGGUGUGCCAUGUAACAAGUUGUCCAUGAAGCUUACCUCGAGGGACAUGAAAUUGCUCACUCUAACGCUCAGGUUUUGAUGCUCUCUGGCUGAUAUGCUUUACACAGUACUAGUAUUUUUAAUUGCCUCAAAAGUGAAUGUUAAUCGGAGUCAAUCUCGUACACCACUUUAAAUCUACGCUGCUUCUGUGGCACAGUAAUUUCUCAAAGUCUAUUUUUAAGGUUACCAUCUCAAUGUUUUACAAAAUGUAAAUUAAAUACUUGUAUUAUCACUUCCCAUAAUUCCCUUGGAACCUGAAGAGAACUGCUACGAGUAAUUAAAGACUAGGAUCAGUUAGGGUUCUGUCUGGGAGAAGACAUGAAAAAUGAAAGGAGGAACUUGACUUUUUUUUCUACCUACCACUGACUUGACGUCUGGAACCUAAUAGUGGCUGGCGUGUAAAUUCAACUAAAAGAAUUGAGGACAGAUGGAAAUCCUCAACAAAAACUCUGAAGACGGGUGUAAAACAACAGUGUUUGUGUUAUUUUUCAGCAGCUACUUGAAUGUGUCUAAGCUCACUGUCGUGUUUCCAGUAUAGGUGAGCGUCGGUUUGGUCUAUAAAGACAAUCACUUCAUCCACCAAGUCAGGGAGGAGGACAUGAGGCGCUUGUGCCUGGCGAACGUAAAUGCAGUUAAACUACACUAUUAAGUCACUGCCGGUGUCAAGAGGUUCUGUGUUGCCCCGGUGACAACAGAAGUUAAAAAUAACAGCCUGUGUCUCUUGAAUAUUUUGUUGCUUAUGUGUUGCCGUGUUUCAAGGUUUGUUGUUGAUUUGUUUGGUGCGAGAAAAGUGAGUCGACAUCUGCUCUAUUUAGAGUUAUUCUGACAGUGAUCGCAAAUGUCUUGUUUCUGAGUGAUAUAAAUAUAUCUAUAGUGCUGUUUGUUAGUUUUGAGACAUGACAUGCUUAGAAAUUGUGCAUUUACCGCAGGCCAAUGAAAGUAAAUUUAAUUUUGUCCAAAGAUUAACUGAACACCAAAUUGCUAAAAACAAUGUGCCCGCAUUCACAUGUCCAUUUGUACACACUUAUAACACUUGUAUGAUACAAUUAUUUGUUGAGUAAAACACAAGAGGUUAUUUGACUCUGUUGAAUGUUCUUGGAGAAGAUAUGCUGAUGUCGA